UGCGAAAAUGUGUGGAACCCGAUGCCCAUCCGAUGCAUUGCGUUUCCUCUCUUUCAAACGCCAACCUUGUUAUCUGGCAUAUGGGCUCGCAGUUGUUUGUGCAGGAGUUGUCUGCCGCUCCUCGACUGCUUCCUCUGUCCUGUUGUUUGCCGGGUCGUCAAUCACCAUUCCUCACCAUCACAUUACCAGAAUGGGCUCGUCCUGGUGACCUACCUUCUGAGGCAGUCGAAGAGACGAAAGCUACCGCUCCUCUGGACGCCCAGUCUGCUCCAACACAGGCAGCAGAGCCCGUCGUCGAGGAAGUGAUAGAACCUCAGAAGAAAGUCACUGACGUACAAACCACGCCUGGGCAAGAUCGCAGUAUUGAAGGGGCGAAAAAUGGUCACGAUGGAGUAGUUGAUGCGACUCAUGCAGGGGACCUCACAAUUGAUUCUAUCAAGGAGUAUCUGAAUGGGUGA